AGUAAGUUUCACACCAGCCAACUACGUCAACAAACUCACUGACAGGCUGGCUGGACGACCUAGCUAGCAGGUUAGCUUUCCAAUGAGGGUGUGUGAGAGGACAUCCUUACAACGCAAAUACAAAACAUCUUCGCAAGCUUUAGCUUGUUUGUGAAAGAGCUACAACCACCCCUGUACCCACAUCCCAUAAUAUCUCUUCACCAUGUGGUCAACAGCAUUCCCAGCCGAGCGGCCUGAGGCCAGGCAGCCUGUCGCCAGGGGAGAUGAGCACGCGGUCAGAACGCAGAGGCAUCCACGUGGACCAGUCGGACCUGCUGUGUAGUAAGGGAUGCGGUUUCUACGGCAACACGGCCUGGCAUGGGCUGUGCUCCAAGUGCUGGAGGGAGGAGUAUCAACAGUCCAGGCAGACCCAGAUCCAGGAGGACUGGGCACUGGCUGAACGGCUGCAGAGGGAGGAGGAGACGGCGUACGCAAGCAGCCAGCAGGGGGCACUGUCUCAGCCAGCCGGCGGCAGCGCCCCCUUCAGCAGGUUCCAGGAGAGGAAGACCAAGGAGAGGUCAAGCAAGGUCAACACUGUCACCAAGUUCUUCACUUCCUCAGCUAAAACACCUCAGAAGAAGAACAAGGAGCCAGGGUCAGGAGAGGUCCAAUCCGGUGCCAGCCCCUCCCCUGGCCGCCAGCCACGCCCGGAUACGGACCACGCCACCAGACACUUCAUCGACUUCCUGAAGACUCUGAAACCUGGCAGGGAGAUCUUCAAACAGUGCAGGUCCUUCACUGAGACCAUGGUCUACAAGAGGGACCUGGGAGCUGAGGAGCUGUCGGAGUGUGUCCAGGACUUCUACCAGAGCCUCUCUGAUCGUCUGCACACCCACUUCAAAGGCUCGUCAGAGCGGGUGGAGUGUGUGAUGGAUGAAGUGGAGCGCUACAUGAUGACACGUCUCUACGAGGAAGUCUUCUGUCCUGAGAACACUGACGACGAGAAGAAAGACCUGGACACCCAGAAGAGGAUCAGAGCCCUGCACUGGGUGACCCUGGACAUGCUGUGUGUCCCAGUGGACCAGGACAUCCCGGAGGUGUCUGACAACGUGGUCAAAGCCAUCACAGACAUGAUAGAGAUGGACUCGAGGCGCGUUCCCCGGGACAAGCUGAGCUGCAUCACGCGCUGCAGCAAACACAUCUUCAGCGCCAUCAAGACCACCAAGAAGGAGGCGGCCUCCGCAGACGACUUCCUCCCCACCCUCAUCUAUGUGGUGCUGAAGGCCAACCCCCCGCGCCUGCAGUCCAACAUCCAGUACAUCACCCGCUACUGCAACCCAAGCAGACUGAUGACCGGGGAGGACGGAUACUACUUUACUAACCUGUGCUGUGCAGUGGCCUUCAUAGAGAAGCUUGAUGCUCAGUCUCUGAACCUGAGCCCUGAGGAGUUUGACCUCCACAUGUCAGGCCAGGCCCCCCCCCAGCGCCCCCCCGGCCCCCCGGCCUCCUCCUCCCUCAGCCAGGUGCGGGAGCGUCUGGACCUGCUGUCGGGGCUGGGGGUGAGGCAGGAGCGCGUCAUGGAGGGGGCACGCCGCCUGGAGAGCGAUCUGAUCGACUGGACUGACGCCGUGGAGCACACAGUGCAGGGAGCCCUGGAGAGGCUGGGCUCCCCCCUCCCUCCCCCCUCCGCCCCCCUCCCUCCCCCCUCCGCCGCCCUCCCUCCCCCCUCCGCCCCCCUCCCUCCCCCCUCCGCCGCCCUCCCUCCCCCCUCCGCCGCCCUCCCUCCCCCCUCCUCCUCUGCCAUCGACUCUGAUAACGUUGAGGGUGACCUCCUGCCCCCGCCCCUCUUGCCUCAGGUGUUUGCAGGCUGACCUCUGACCUCCAUAGCCCUUAGAGACUGAAUCCUCUCUGUGCACACACAACCCCCCACCCUUCUAGCCACACUACCCCCCACCCCCUUAGAUAAAUAUUAUAACCCCCUCUAGCACCCCCCCCCCCAGUUACCCCAAGUUGCACACGCAUGUCCUGAUUUUUAGAACAUUUGGCACAUGUCACAUGUGGCUGCCGACAGGAAGAAGGCGGGGCUUUCCAACGUUUGGGCUUUAUUGUGUUUUGACUUCCUGAUGCACCUGGAGACUGGUUGGGCUGGGACUUCCUGAUGCACCUGGAGACUGGUUGGGCUGGGACUUCCUGAUGCACCUGGAGACUGGUUGAGCUGGGACUUCCUGAUGCACCUGGAGACUGGUUGGGCUGGGACUUCCUGAUGCACCUGGAGACUGGUUGGGCUGGGACUUCCUGAUGCACCUGGAGACUGGUUGGGCUGGGACUUCCUGAUGCACCUGGAGACUGGUUGAGCUGGGACUUCCUGAUGCACCUGGAGACUGGUUGGGCUGGGACUUCCUGAUGCACCUGGAGACUGGUUGGGCUGGGACUUCCUGAUGCACCUGGAGACUGGUUGAGCUGGGACUUCCUGAUGCACCUGGAGACUGGUUGGGCUGGGACUUCCUGAUGCACCUGGAGACUGGUUGGGCUGGGACUUCCUGAUGCACCUGGAGACUGGUUGGGCUGGGACUUCCUGAUGCACCUGGAGACUGGUUGGGCUGGGACUUCCUGAUGCACCUCGAGACUGUCUGGGUUGGGAUUGAUGGAGCUCUGCUAACUUUGACCCCCAUUUAUUAUGAAUCUUAAUGUUUGUUUGUAUUAAAUAUUCCCUCUAGUACGCUCCAGCGGGUUCAGUUAAAUAAUGUUACUACCUAAAGCUUUGAAAUGUAACCAGCACUUUAAAGUUAGGAAAAUCUCAAAGUUGACUGUUUUAUUAGUGUUCUAACAAAUUGAGGGUGUGUGUGAGUGUGUGUGGCCUGCACAGUGUUGUAAUGUGUCAGUAACAGAACAUCAAACCCUUCAACAGCAGAACAGGACAAGCAGCAAUAAAUCACAGCAUAAAGGUGUUCUGAGUUUAGAGAUGAAGACUGAGGUCCCCACCGUGUCUCAUACCAACACAGGUGCUGGCUCAACCUCAUUCUGCCAAAAAAAACAAUAAUCGGGUACCACGUUAUACAAUGAUCAGGUAUCUUUGGGUUGUUUCAUGUUGGAGUGAGAAACUUGAUGCCGUGUAAAUGUAACUUAUUGUCAAGUUGUUUAUGGAUUCCAGAGGUUUGUGAGCAUUAAACAAACCAGACCCAGCAUUGUCCUGCAUUCUCCUUCCAGCUCCUGGUCCAGCACGGUAACCAUGGCGAUGGCAUCUGCAUAGUUCUGGAAGUCCUACACCUGGGGCGAUAGGUAAAGCUCAGUGGUUAGAUGGUUUUGACUGCAGAUGGAGAGAUUGCAGGAUCAGAUCCUCCUGUCUUGAGCGUCCGCUGAUGGAACACAUUCUUGUUCUAUUAUGAUAUCCUGACGAGGCUGAAGUGCUCACACA